GGGAGUUCGCCGCGGCGGCGCAGAAGCGCAGUUCGUCGGCGACCUCGCCGCCACAUUUGCCUGCGAUGUCCCUCGUACGGAUCGUGCCUGCGAAUGCAGGUCCCUACGUCGUGGCGCCGCGGGCCACCGUCGUCCGCUUCAUCACCUUGCGCUCGACCGUCGCGCGCCCCGGCCUCGCAGGAUUGUCAUCCCAAGCACAUGGCAGAUACCUUAUGUGCCGAGCGAUGGCCAUUAAGUUGAUAUCAUUAAUUUGGAAUGAGUGGAUUUCUGUUCCAUCAACCUGUCACACUUUACAACGACAUGCGACUGUUCAAACUGCUUGGUCCAGUUCUUGCAAUAAACCUUUCCAUUUAAGAACUUCCAAGCUUGCAGGUUCCCUUAAAAGAUGGAGCAGAACCAAGAGACCUCUCCAGCAGCAACUAGACUCCAUUCAUGCAGAGCUGGAUGCAGUGCAGUCCACUCCUAUUCACUUGCUGGAGCAACUCUCUUUGUUCAAUAUGGGAUUAGUUCCCCUAGGUGAACAGAGCCUUAAGUUUGUGUAGCGGGGUUCAGCGAGUUGGCAGAGCUGACAGUGUCAUGCGUCAUCCUAUGUACUUGCAAAAUUCGACUGGGACUGAAUUAGAAAUCAGUCAAAUGACAGGGGAGCAGCGAAAUGACUCCCGAGCUCAGGUGCUCUUUGAAUCUGGACGGUACAGGUUGGCUUCUGAUGUGUGUCGAUUAACUUUUUGCCGCAGAUACGACUUAGCAUACAGAGGAGAAUACAUCAGCAGGUGGGCCAUACUGUACCGAAAUACCACCGAGAAAGCUCACAAAGGAUCUACUAUUGUACAGAUUAUUGUUCCUUUGUUCUGUUUAUAGAUAUUUGGAUUACUGCAAAUUAUCUGUUUAGAGUUCUGUUGUGGUGCAUAAUUUUUUUUAGACAUGAGCAUUGUUAAAUUUAAUCAAUCUUACCGAUCCCUAAAAAGGAAAACAAAUUGGGCUGAUAAGUGUAAUCUGGGUUUAAUCGGUUGAUGCUUUA